UGACGUCAUGGGUACCGGAAGUGACGCAGUCUGACGAGUAGGAGAACGAAAACAAGCAGAGAAGCUGACACGCGGAAGCGCUUGGGUGCCCGCUUUCCGUAACACCCGCUGGCUUGGGCUCCUCUGGACUCCCCGGUGUCCGUGUAGACGGCACAGUUCAUCUCCCGGCAGCACUGUGUAGUUACAGGUGAAGAAUGUCAGCGUUACAAGACCACCCAUCUCCGAGCAGCGCCACGCAGGCCUCCAACUUCGCACAUGUCAUCUUCCAGAAUGUGGCAAAGAGUUACCUUCCAAGUGCUCCUCUGGAAUGUCACUACACGUUGACUCAGUACAUACAGCCUCAUCCCAAAGAUUGGGUUGGCAUUUUUAAGGUUGGAUGGAGCACCGCGCGAGAUUAUUAUACAUUUUUGUGGUCGCCUAUGCCUGAAAGUUAUGUUCCAGACUCAACUAAUAACUGUGUACUGACUUUCCAAGGAUACUACCUUCCUAAUGAUGAUGGAGAAUUUUACCAGUUCUGCUAUGUGACCCAUAAGGGAGAAAUACGGGGAGCAAGCACACCCUUCCAGUUUCGCGCAUCGUCUCCUGUAGAUGAACUACUUACGAUGGAAGAUGAAGGUCAUUCUGACAUGUUGGUGGUAACAACCAAGGCUGGUCUACUUGAGCUAAAAAUAGAAAAGACUAUGAAAGAAAAAGAAGAAUUGUUGAAGAUAAUCGCUGUCCUGGAGAAAGAAACAACCCAGCUACGGCAAGAGGUGGAACAACUGGAAAGUGCCCUGUCACGUGAAAGAGAGUGUUCUGACCAGCUGGUCGCAGAGCGAGAUGGUUUGCUUCAGUCCUCCGACAUCCUAAAAGCGGAAAGCGAAGAAGUGAAGAAAGCAUGCAAAGAGAUGUCUUCAAAGAUCCUGCAGCUUGAAGAAGACCUUAUAACUGUGACUCAGAAAGCCAUUGAAAAGGAAACAGAGUUAGAUAGCCUAAAAGAAAAACUGAAGAAAAUAAAAUUGGAGAGAGAGCAAUUUGAAUUUCAGUUAAAGAAUGAGAAGGAUGAGAAGGAACUGUAUAAGGUUCACCUAAAGAAUACAGAAAUUGAGAACACAAAGCUACUGACAGAGGUGCAGACAUUAAAGAAUUUAGAUUCCAGUAAAGAGAACUUGAUUACUCACUACAAAGAGGAACUCAGUAAAAUGAAGCUGUGUCUGUCUGAUAAAGAGAAGCUAUGCACAGAGCUGCUCCAGACCGCCUCUGAGAAGGAAGACAUUGGCUUUUUAAAACAGCAGCUUCGUAAGAUUGAGGAUGACCAGCAGGCCAGCAGACAGAAGGUUUCCUUAAUGUCCAGGGAGCUUAGUGAUGCAGUAAAUAUACGUGAUAAAACUAUGUCUGACCUUCAUACAUCUCGCCUUGAGACUGAUAGCGUUAAGAAGCAACUUGCCGCUGCAUUGGCUGAGCUCAGUCUGCAGGAUAGACAACCAUCCUCUAACAGCGUCUUGAGAAAGGAUCAGGAUACGGAGAGCUGCAGAGUGGAGCAGGAACUUCGGAAAGAGGUUGAAGACCUAAAGCUGAGACUGCAAAUGGCAGCCGACCAUUAUAAAGAUAAAUUUAAAGAAUGCCAGAAACUACAGAAGCAAGUAUCCAAACUCACAGACCAGCUUAAAGCUGCAGAAAGUCAGCAGAAGGCAGCAGAUUUGUAUGGGAAUUCUGAGGCGUUUGCUGUAGAUGUUUCAAAUUUUACUCCGCCAGUGAGUCCAUUUUUUUCCCACUCUGUUCCUGAAUUUGUCAUCAAAGAGCAAGUAGCAGAUAUGAACAAGGAAAUAGCGGAGAAAGCUGAGAAGUAUCGGAAAUACAAGCAAAUGCUAGCAGAAGAAAAGGCAAAGUGCAGUGCGUAUGCAGAUGAUGUAGCUAAGAUGGAGUUAAAGUGGAAGGAACAACUUAAAAUUAAUGAAAGUAUCAAACUUCACCUAGCUGCGCGUGAGGAUCAGUAUAAGAUCCAAUCGGCAGAGAAGGAUCGGGAAAUAUCACAACUGAAUUGUCACGUUGAAGUGCUGCUUAGCGAAAAGAAUAAACUAGAGAAUGACAUAAAGGAACUGGAAGUCAAUUUGGAAAGACUAUCCAUGCGGGCGGCGAGUGACCAUGUGUUACCCGGCACCAGCUCACAGGGAUUGCAGUUCUUUAAUCCUUAUUGUGAAGAACAUAGAGAAGUUCCUGUAAUCCCAAUACAGCCCCCAGUACUGCAGUUUGGAAAUCCUUAUGCAUCACAAACCACUAGAGAUGGUGCAGAUGGAGCUUUCAAUCCAGAUGAAGUACAGGGUCCUCCAGCGAGGCCACCCAUGUGGGGCCUGGUAGACAAGGUGGUCUGCAGUCAACCCGCAAGGAACCUUAGCCGGCCAGAUGGUUUGGAAGAUCCUGAUGAGAACAAUCAGCAGGAUAGCGACGAUGUGGCUUUGCAACUGGAUGAAAUUCCUCCAAGCCUUAUUGGACAAGACCAAUCUGGGUUUUGCUUUCAUCCAAGAUACACAAUACAGAAGAAAUGCCCUCUGUGCACCAUGGUAUUUCCUCCCAACUACAAUCAGAGUCAGUUUGAAGAGCAUGUGGAGAGCCACUGGAAGGUCUGCCCAAUGUGCAAUGAGCAGUUCCCCCUGGAGUAUGACCAGCAGGCAUUUGAGCAGCACGUGCAGACACAUUUUGAUGGCAAUGUCCUGAAUUUCGAGAACUAAAUCUGUUCAACUUGUUGUAGUGGUGAGAAGUUCACCUCGAAAACUAGAGGAAGCCGCUUAAAGCAACAGCUGUAAGAAAUAUGCACUGCAAUGUACCUAGAGCUGAAAUAAACAGUUUGCUCCCUGUGAUGUCAUUUUCUGGUAGAGGGGUUUCGCCUGUAUGUAUCGCACCGCUAUUGAGAGCUCGCAUUCUGCCUCUUGGAUGAAAGCUGUUUAAUGCACAAAAGCAGAGUCACCAAAGGUCUGAAGAAGGUUCAUGGUGGUAGAUCACUGCAUGUCAACUAUUAUUUGAUUUUGUGUUAAGUACUUUAGUAGUGAUGGAGUUGCUUGACAUUACCAAUAUACUUUUAACUGGUCACUUGUUCCAAGUAACAUUGUCCAAGAUUUCUUACAGCCCAAUUCCACUGCAUUCACAUUCAGUUAAAUGGGUUGUCCUAUCUGGGGCAUUUAUGGCAUAUUUUAGGAUAUCAGAUAUGUAUGUGUGUUUUCCACCUCUGGGACUUUCUCCGGUCUUUAGAAAGGAGCCCCUUACCGUGCAUGUGCGGUAUCCUCUCCAUUCACUGCUAUGGGACCUCCAAAAAUAGUGAACAACCUUGCUUGGCUAUUUUCAGCAGUCCCUUAGCAAUGAGUGGAGAGCAAACCAUGCAAGCAUGGCCAUCCCUCCAUUCACCACUAUGGGGCUUCUGAAAAUAGCUGAGCCAGUGCUUGGCUGUUUUUGGAACUCCUGUAGUUGGCUGCUCAUGUGUGGCUUGCUUUACCUUCACUUUGGGGUCCCUCUUCUAGAGAUAGGUGCAGAUUCCACUUCUAGGACCCACUCCUAUCUGACAUUCAUGGCCUAUCCUAGAUAUACGCCAUCAAUGUGCCAAAUGGGAAUACCCUUUUAAUAUGACAGAACGUGCAUUAUUCUCUCCAGUCCUCUUCUUGCAGCCCAUCGUCCUCCUCCUUAGUGUAUUCCUCAGACAGUCAUAUGUCAGGUAGUUACAUGUGCAAAAGUAGCCACAUGGGAUCCCAAGAAAGCAAAUAUAAAAACAUUGCAGCUCUGUCAAUGAUUGCACAUGGGCAGCCAUUUGAUUGAGAAGAUUGCCAAUAUUUUGGAAGUUUUGCAUCAUUUCUUGUUCUGCCCUAUGUCUCUUAGGAGAGCUCCCCUCUUUUUAAUUACCAUACCUACUUUCCAUGAGUAUACCUUCAAUUCACUAAAUUGUAGCUUCUAUGUGACUGGUUCACUUUAACCGCUUACAACAGAUGGAAUGAUAUGCUACACCUGGCAAAGGACCAAUUCACACUUCUGUACACUACAUGCACGUUGUGAGGGAUACUUACAAACAAAAAUGGUACAAUAAAUGGUAUUGGAUUCUUGCUUCCAUGUUUCCAGAGCUACGAAAUGAAAGCAGGCAUCCGAUUGGACUCAGCGUUUAUAGGUUUGUUCGUACGGUGGUUAAAAAAAUGUGUUACAAUGACUUCUGUAACUGUGAAAAUAAUCAUUAGUAGUAGAUUGGUUGCAUUUCUUGCACACAAUAAACAACAAGUAACAUACGUGAUUGGUCAUAGGAAGCGCCUGUAGUCAGGAUAGUCUCUAGCAGCGUCUCAUUAAAGUGCAUAUACAGAUCCUGAACUCUCGUAUCUUUUUUCUUUUAACAUGAAUAAAUUAUCAAAGAUGUAACUUGUUCUGACCCAUGUACUUUAAUCUUAUUUGAAAAUAAACUAAGAUCCUUUAGUGAG